AGAAGACAACUAUUUCAUUACCAGUCAGGGCAAAUAAGCAACGCCUUUUAGAAAAACAAUGUAAAGCAAUGGGGAAUAGCAAAAGUUCAUCAGCAAAGGAUAAGCCAGCCCCGAGAGAACAACGUCGUCCAUCUGUUGUAUGCAAAGACUCACCGCGGCGCUCAGAUGCUGUAGUCUUACACAAAGGAACGGAUGAACUUGAGUGGGGUCAACAAACAGAAUAUUGGUUUUUGUUGAAUAAGGAAUCGUUUGUAGCAGCGAAUGUUGUUCUUAAAUUUAUUUCAAGUUCAAUUGAUGAAGGAAACUCGCAUAUUGUAGGCCUUGCAUAUUUAGAUAAGGAUGUCAAACAGGGAUAUUUACAAAUCAUGGUUUACUGCAAAAAUUAUAAUAGUAAGAUACUUGCAUGGAACCGUUUGUUAGAUGAAAAACUAAGAUCUUACGGUUUGUAUAAGGUGUCACUUUGUAUGUUCGAUGUGAAUGAAUCAAAUUCAAGUCAAAAAAAUGAACAUCUUCCGCGCAAAAAUGUUUGCAGUCAUCAUUCAACUGUUGAAACUUGGCAAAGGAAGUAUCUCACAGAGAGAAAAUUGAAAACUGUUUCCUUUGAUAGUCCUGUUCCCUCCAAUAAUGAUAAAUUUUUGCCUGUGUCUAUAGAUGACACAAGUCAGUCAAGUUAUCACACUUUUAAUGAUGGUGGAUUCAGUUCCAAAUUUAAUGAAUCUUAUCUAGGGUUUAAAGGUGACUUGGGUCUGUCACAUGAUCACACUUUUAAUGAUGGUGGCUUCAGUUCCAAUUUUAAUGAAUCUUUUCUAGAGUCUAAAGGUGACUUGGGUCUGUCACAUGACCACACUGUCGAUGAUGGUGGCUUCAGAUCCAAUUUUGAUAAAUCCUUGCUAGUGUCUGAAAAUAACAUGGCUCAGUCAAGUUACCACACAACCAAUGACUUCGAUGUCAGCACCAACACUAAUGAAUUAUCAACACAAGACAUUCAAAGAAUCCAUGAAAAUGAAAAGCCACAAGCUAAAUAUUCAGUUGUCAAAGAGAGUGAAAUUUUCUGCACUGACUUUCCACAAUACACAGGCAACGUGGAAAAUUUGUCAAGGGAUAUGCAAUCUUUUGGUGAACAAGUUGAUAAAGAGGAAGACAAUAGAAGUACAGAUACUACAACUACACAACAAAAUGAAAGUCUUUUUCGACUGUUACCUAGCAAAGACGAACAAAAGGAAGAGCUUGGUGAUAAUCAACAGCAACUUUUGAAUACGCAGCUGGCUUUUCAAGAAUUUUGCCGAAACAUAAGUGAUGUUAACAUUGAACGUGUUGAAAAUAUCCAUACUUUAUGGCUGGGUGGUUUCUCUGUCGACACAAGCAAAGAUGAUGUUCGCAUGUUUAUAUUAAGAAAUUGUAAAAACAUAGAGAUUUUAAAUCUCGUUAAAAUUCACGAUGCUUGGAUGGUGAAGGUGUUUUCACAAAAACAACGCCAGAAUUUGUAUCAAAAUUUGAAGAAAAAUGUUGACAACAAAGAAAUAAAAGCCAAAUAUUCAAAAAACGUUGUAUCACUUUUGAGCAACUUGUAUAUAGUAUUGGAGAACGUAGGCAAAAAUAUCGAAACAAAGCACAUUAUUGAUGUUUUAAAGUUUUGUCGUGGCAUUGUUGAUGUACAAAAAAUCAAAGAUAUUCAUGCACGAGUUUGGUUUGAAUCAUUUGAAACUGUUCAAGAAGCAAUUGCGAAAAAAAAGAAAGUUUGUAUCUGUGGAAAAAAAAUCACCUUAAAGCCUUGUAUAGCCGUCAAAGAAGAAUUAGAGCGGCAAAAUCUGAACGCUAAACUACAAAAUUUCUUGAACAAUUUACAACGACGGUGUGAUGCACUUCUUUUACUGAACGAAAAUAAAAUUAAAGAUCUUGAAAAAAUAUUACAAAAUUCACGACCAAGAAAAAAGAAAAUGUCUUUGGAUGAUUUGGAGCGAUUUAAAAUCAUAAAGACAACCCACAAAGGAAAACUACAAGAAUUGGUCGAACAGGGACAUGAAUUUAAAAAGAAGUAUAUUCAACUUAUGGAAAUAUUUUUUCGUAAAAUACAAGAUUACUGUGAUAUGGGACUCCAACAUGAGAUAGAGAAUAUUUUAGAGUCUCACAAGGUCGUUAUGGAAAGGGAAUUUAAAAAAUUCGAAGCAAGUUUACCAAUCUAUGCUAAACGUUCGAUGAUUUUGGAGGCUGUUGCAUCAACUCAAGUAGUUAUUCUCGUUGGAGAAACAGGUUCUGGAAAGAGCACGCAACUAGCUCAAUAUCUGGCUGAAGAAUAUGGAAAUAAUGGAAAAAUUGUUGUGACUCAACCUCGCAAAAUUGCGGCAGUUAGCUUAGCAAAACGUGUUUCUGAUGAAUUUUGUUGUCGCCUUGGCAGUGAAGUUGGGUACCAUGUUGGUUUGGAUAAGAAAAUGAAUAAAAAAACAAGAAUUAAGUUUGUUACAGAUCGUAUCUUAUUAAAUGAAGUUCUAAAAAAUGGCAAUUUAAUUGAACAAUAUUCUUGUGUUAUUAUUGAUGAAGCUCAUGAAAGAUCCAUUCAUACAGAUUUGCUUGUGGCAAUGCUGAAGCAGUUACUGCCUCGUUGUCCAACUCUUAAACUGAUUGUAACAUCUGCUACUCUAAACACAGCUGUUUUCCAAAACUAUUUUCAUGUUUCUAAGCUGGUGUCAGUUCCAGGUAGAACAUUUCCUGUUGAUAUUUUUUAUGAUAGAGAACGACCCUCUGAUUACGUUGAAGGAGUAUGUGACAAAGUUGUUAAUGUUUGUCAUUCUGGGGAGCAAGGAGAUAUUUUGGUAUUUUUAACUCAACAAAAUGAAAUUGAAAAGACAUGUGACAAGUUGGAACAAAGGCUCAAAAGAGAGCAUUAUGUUAUCCUUCCACUUCAUGGAAAGUUACAAACAGAUGAACAACAAAAGGUGUUUGCGACGACGCCAAGCAAUAAAAGAAAGAUCGUUGUCGCCACAAACAGUGCUGAAACGUCUUUAACAAUUCCAGGUAUUCAAAUUGUUAUCGAUUCUGGAAUGGUAAAAGAACCUUCUUUUGAUCCAACUAAGAAUAUGACAACAUUGGAUAUAAAAUUUGUAAGUCGAAGUUCUGCUAAACAACGAGCUGGGAGAGCUGGUCGAACUGGCCCAGGAAAGUGUUACCGCCUUUAUUCAGAACAUGAUUAUAGUAAUAUGGAAGAAAGUACAAAACCAGAAAUUUUGAAAAUGCACCUUGGAUUGGCUGUACUUCAGUUGUUAAGUUUAGGAGUUUCAGAUGUUGAAAAGUUUGAUUUUGUUGAAAGUCCCCCUCGUUCGUCUCUGAUGAAAUCAUUUGAAAGCUUACAGUUAUUGCGUGCUGUCGAGCAAGACGGAACGUUGAAUUAUUUGGGCAGAGAAAUGCUACAACUUCCUACUGAACCACAACUAUCUAAGGCGUUACUUGAGGGUCUUUCUCGAGGCUGUGGAAGGGACGUAAUCAUUGUUGCUUCAUUGAUGUCGUGUGGACAUGAUGUAUUUUAUAGAGGAACAGUUGAAAAAAGAAACGAAUGCGACAUACAAAAACAGCAAUUUUGUCAAACAAGCGGAGAUCUCUUGAGUGCAGUUGAUGUUUACAAGAAGUGGAUAGAUAUACCUUCUUCAAAACAAAGCAAUUGGUGCAAAGCAAAUGCUAUAAAUUCCAAACUUCUCCGCUCUGUUCGUGAAAGUUACAAAGAGAUAGAAAACGCUUUAAAAACCAUAAAACCUGAUGCUAACCUUGAUGUGACUUCUAGUGAUGUUAAAGAAUCGCUUGUUAAAAGUUUAUUGGCUGGAUUUUUUGAAAACAUUGCAUGGUCACAUGGUCAUGAGAAGCUUGGGUACACUUCUGUGUUGUCACGUGAAAAUGCCAAGUUACAUCCCUCGUCUGUAUUAUCAUGUCUGGGCGAUCAACCAGAUUGGGUGAUGUAUCAGCAACUCAAAAGAACAGGAGAUCAAGUAUAUUUGGAAAACGUCACGCCAUUUGAGUUUGACUGGAUAGCAGAAAACGCAAUUUAUAUGUUACAGUUUAUUGAUGAAGAUGAAAUCUCGAAAUGUCGAGUUGAACGAAAACAAAUUUUGUGUAGUCCAGAACUUGUAAAGGCAGUAAUCGGUUCAAAAGGAUCAACUAUUAAACAUAUUGAAUCAUCCAUAUCAACACGUGCAGCAUCAUUUUCACCAUCUAAUUUGUGUGCCAUAGAAUGUAACGUUGACAAGGGAACUGUUGAUGUUUAUGCAAGUAAACAUUGCCUUGAUGACGCUUGCAAACUUGUUAAUGAUGUCAUUAAGUCGAAACAAAACGAUCUUCAGGGUUAUUCAGAAAUAUCAAUCUGUAAUGGUGGUCUUAAGUCACUUAUGUGCAACGACUUACAGACAAAAUUGAUACUUCAAAAAGGAACGAGUUGCAAGUUUAACGUUUUUUUGGAGAUAUAUGAUCUGACAAAAGAGAUCGAUGACAUAUCAGAUGAAAUGACGGUUCGGAACACUCUAAAAACAUGCUGCGAUGCUAACUUAAUGCGUGCUGUAAUCAAAGUUACAGUUCCAUCUAAACGUUUGAAAGAUGUUGACACGGACGUUGAAAAAGAAAAACUUUUAACGCUGAUGAAGAACUACCCUAAUUCUAAAUUCAAAAAUAUUUGGAUUGCAAAUUGCCAGAAAGUUAUGGCGUCCGUCGAGUUUGAGAACAUGAGCAUUGCUGAAAGUUUUAUUGAUCAUUUCGACGCAACGAUUGGUGUUUUAGGUGUUCGUGCGAUGUACGCAGAAUUUGACAGCAAACGAGAUUUCUUUUGUGAUAUGAAACUUUACAAAAAAAUACAACAAGAUAUAGCAGAUUUACGCAGGAGUUGUUCCAUAAAUGUGGACGUGGAACAAUAUAAGAAUCGAAUGAAAAUCACUGUGUCUAGUUACAACUGUCAACCAACGUUGGUUCAAGCUACUGGUGCAAAAGUUGCUGAGUUAAUCAGACCAGAGGUAAUUGUCAUUGAUGAUCCAGCAAUAUCUAGACGUUUAUCUACUGGUAAUGGUCGAUCGAAACUCGGACAGAUACAGAAGAAAUAUGAUGCUGCUGUUUUCACCUGUAGUUUUGGACGUCGUCUUGAAAUUACUGCUUCAAUUGAAUCGAAGAUCCGUGCCCGUCUUGAAAUCGAGAGAUUAAUUGAAGAAUUUAAAUACGCAAGUAAAGUGGAGAUUUCGUUGCGCAACAGUGAGCAACCCGUAGGUGCCAUAAGGGAAAUAUUGAAGCAUUUCGGUAAGGAUCUCGGAAAACUUGUGGAAGGGGAAGAUUGUGAAGCAUCGCUGGACAUACGAAGACGAAAGCUCGUUCUUAAUGGGAGCAAAGAGUCCGUUCAUAACGUCAACAUGAAACUUGAAGAGCAUUUAAAAACUUUGCCCAACACGUUGAAAAGUUCUACAAACAGAGAAAUAUGUUGUCCAGUAUGUUUAGCUGAUGUUGAAGAUCGUUAUGUUCUAACGUUAUGUGGACAUCCAUAUUGUUCAACUUGUAUCACACAAUAUCUUUCUGAUGCGUUGGAUUCACCAAAAGUUAAAAACAAGUUCCCUCUUCAAUGUCUCAACGAAGAUUGCACAUCUUCCGUGAUUAAAGAAGAUUACGUUGCUAUUUUGAAUACAGAUGAUAUCGCAAAGUUGUAUAAAGUAUCCGUGGAAUGUUUUUUGAUUGCUAACUCCGCCUUCAAACCUUGUCCUACUCCAGAUUGCUCUUGGAUUUACGAAGUUUCAGGUAGUCCUAGUGUUUUCCUAUGUCCAGAAUGCAAUAAUCAAUAUUGCCAGAAAUGCGGUGAUGUUGCUCAUAAGAUGUUUGAUACAUGUGAAGCAUUUAAAGCCAGUAAAGAAAUGCCAACGUCUGAGCAGAAGCUUAAAACUUGGGCGCAGAAUGCAGAUACUCGUCAAUGUCCAAAAUGCUCAAUUUUGAUUGAAAAAAAUGAGGGAUGUUUUCAUGUCGAAUGCACACAAUGUCAUGCACAUAUAUGUUGGAAAUGUGGCAAGUUUUUCGAAAAAAGUGAGGAUUGUUACAAACACAAGAAUUGUCAGCAAUUGUAGAGGAAAAUGAUUGUUGAACAUAGUAAAUUACAAAUUGAUUGAGUUUUUUUUCAUUAUUUAGUUUAAAGUUCGUCUUAGUAGGUUUUAUCGACAGGGCCGGAUUAAGAUUUUCGGAGGCCCUGGGCAGCAAAAAUACGUAGUAAAGUCCUCCUUUCCCUUACUCUAAAGGCCAUAGGUUGCCUAUUUUUCCAACAGCAAAAUUCAAAUACAAAUUUCAUAAAGCAUCUGAUAAAAGCAUAAACUUAGAACAUAGCGUGUAAAUUAUUUGCAUACGAUGAUUGAAUGCUACUUGAGAUAGAGUAGUUAGUGCGAUUUGAUUCUGAUAGUCUUUGAUAAGUUCGUCCAAGUUAAUUUUUCCUAGAAUAUCGUCCUCAACACUCAUCAAAGCAAAAUGUCAGAGUUUACUGUGUUUCAUUGUCAGAGGUAGUCUGUUCUUCAUCAACUGAAAUUGACCUAACGAGUAAACAAAAUAUUUUUCCUUGUUCUGUAAAGCUACAAUGUUUAAUUUUUCCUUAAAUAAGGAAACAAACUUCCCUUGUUUGAGGAGGCCUUAGGCAGCUGCCCAGUCUUGCCUUUUGGUUAAUCUGACCCUGUUUAUUGAGAAGGGUUCUCUCCGUACUUUUACAUCUGUUCAAUGUUUUAUAUAAAAUAAACAUUUAGAAAUGAA